ACUAAACACUAACCAGAUCAGCGAGCAUUGAGCAUUGAGCAUAGAGCAUUGAGCAUGGAACUGUGGACACUUGUGUGUUUGGGUCUGCUGCCCCAGGUGGUUCUGUCAAUCAACACUCGUCUCACGGAGGUGUUACACUGGACAUUGGUGGACUACGUGUUCGGAUCGCCUCAGGAACGCCAGGCUGCCUUGGACUCUGGGAGGUUUGUUCCUCAGAACAACCUCGCCCUGGGGGUAGAACGAUGGGGCGACAAGUUGUUCAUCACUGUCCCAAGGUUCAAAUCUGGAGUUUGGUCGACCCUCAAUUAUAUAAAACUGGAUGACAAAUUGGCUGAUAUCAAAAACUCUACUUCUCCACCUCUUAUACCUUACCCAAACUUGGAAGCCAACACAUUGGGCGGUGAAGCAAAGGCUUGGCCACCCAAGUUAACAUCUGUAGUGAGAGUCAGAGCAGACGCCUGUGACAGACUCUGGGUGAUGGACUCAGCUGUUAUAGAGAACAACAAACAGCUGGGGCCUCCUAAACUGAUGGUUUACGAUCUGAAGUCAGACUCGCUUCUGUUCUCGUACUCGCUGAAGGACAAAGAGUACAACGAGAAAUCUCUGUUUCCAUCCAUCACUGUAGACGUAACCUCGGCCAACUGUGACCACGCUCAUGUCUAUCUGCCCGAUGUCUACAACUACAACCUGGUCGUCUACAGUCUGCAGACCAAUGAGACGCAUCUGGUCACUCACAACUACUUCCACUUCGACCCUCUCUCCGGGGACUUCUCCAGCGGCAAAUUCCACUGGCAGUGGCAGGACGGUAUAUUCAACUUAGCGUUAUCCCCGGUAGAUAGAGAGGGGUAUCGUCUUGUCUAUUUCCACGCACUUGCCUCUACCAUGGAGUUUGUUGUUGCUUCCAAACAUCUGCAAAACUCCAGCAUGAUGAGUUCUGACAGCGCGGCUCAGGACUUCAGUGCAUUCAAGGUUCUUGGCAACCGAGGCAUGGGAGGCCAAAGUUCAGCAGAGUUCUUGGAUGAAGAGACGGGAGUUCUGUUCUUCACUCUGGUCACCAAGAAUGCUGUGGGAUGUUGGAACUCGUUCAAGGGAGAUGAGUAUGAAGACAAAAGUAUUGGUAUUAUCGCCCAGGACGAGGAAACUAUGGUUUUCCCCAAUGACCUCAAAGUGGAUAAAAAGGGCAAUCUAUGGGUCAUAAGUUCUCCCCUCCCAGAGUUCUUUUUUGGAAAUCUAAACCCAGAAAAUGUCAACUUCAGGGUGUUCAUGUCUCCGGUUCGUCUAGCCAUCAAGGGCACAGUUUGUGAUGAAAUGUAACUCACAUAUGCAUAAAAUACAGCACUUAACUUCAAAUUAAAUUUUUGCAUCCGAAAUUUCAAUUACAAAAGAAAUUAACUGUUAAAGUCUCCCCCUUAUUCACUCAAAACUGUUAUUUAGCUAGUAUUGGUCUUCAA